CUGGUGCAAUGUCAAAUAGGGAAAAAUAUAUAUGCGAGUCUCGAUAUUGUAUGAACUAGGAAAUAUAUUGGAGAAAAAACAGUGAAAAUAUGUUUUCUGUGCAAAUAUAAAAGUUCAAUCAGACCCAUAUGAACUCAGUUUAAUUCAAAUUGAUGCAAUAUGUAUGGCAAAAAUUAUAUAUAGUCAAAUUGGAUUAAGUGUGAACAUAAAGGUAGUGUUGCAUUUUAAAGUUUUUGCUGAUAAUGUAAAAUUGAAGGGAUUUAGGAGGUUCUUUUGUUCAAAAUUCUUUAGUAUAUAUUUCAUAUUUCUGAAAUAGAAUACUUUGGAGUAUUUUUUGCCAAUAAAUAGUGCAAUAAUUGUGAAUUUUUGGGGUGUAGUCUCGGUAUCUGUGACACAGAAGAGUGUGACACUUAAUGGCCGAAUUGCUUCGAAUGGCUGGUCUGAUGAGUGCCCACAAAGACAAAUUGGGCUCUCCGUCUACGGGAUCUGAGGACGGUGGAGGAGUUGAUAUGGGUGAUUUAGCUCAAGAAUUGGAACAAGACGAAUUUGAUGCUCCAAUGCUGGCCAACGGUGACCGUCCAGCAAUUAUUGCACCACCAGAAAGUGAAUGGUACCAUGGUCGUUUGGACCGGUACAGUGCUGAACAACGACUGAGAUCUGCCUCAAUUCUAGGCAGUUAUCUCGUUCGGGAAUCCGACCGGAAGCCAGGAUCUUAUGUCCUGAGCUACUUGGGUCGUACAGGGAUCAAUCACUUCCGCAUAACUGCGGUAUGUGGAGAUUUUUACAUUGGUGGCAGGCAAUUUUUCUCUCUAAGUGACCUCGUUGGUUACUACACAUCCUGCAGUGAUCUGCUAAAGAGGGAACGUCUAGUGAUACCUGUUCCCCCUCCUGAACCCGUUAAUGACAAAAAACGCGUUGUGGCUAUUUUACCCUACACCAAAAUGCCCGAUACGGAUGAACUGACCUUCCAGAAGGGUGACAUCUUCUUCCUGCACAAUGACAUGGGAGACGGUUGGCUCUGGGUAACUGCCCAUCGUACUGGGGAGCAAGGGAUGAUUUUCAGAGAACUUGUAGAAGAUCUCGAUCCCGGAAUUGAUCCUAACACCGUUUUUCCCUGGUUCCAUCCCAAUUGCACUAAAAAUGAAGCUGUAGACAUGUUGGUUAAAGCUGGACCUGGAAGCUUCCUUGUGCGUCCCAGUGACAAUUCCCCAGGGGACUAUUCCCUCUUCUUUCACAUCAACAACCAGAUACAGCGUUUUCGGAUUGAGAAGAAGGGAGUUCGGUACUUAAUGGGAGGCAGAAAUUUUGAAUGUUUGGAUGCUGUUAUCAAUAGAUACAGGAAGGAACAAAUAGUCGAAGGUCAUACUCUCAAUCAUCCAGUUGUCAAUGGUCAGCAACCCGAAUUCAAUGCUCCUCCUAGCAUGUCUGCAGCUGCAGAGAAAAUCUAUGCGACCCUGAGAGAAUGCCGUGACCAGAUCGGACUCAAGAAAAUCAAGGGUAUCAAGCACCAUGGAUAUCUAAUGAAGAAAUCCGACAAGAGUGCCAAAUGGAAGCAACUCUACUUUGCCCUCCUGGUCGAAGGAUCAGAAACGCAUUUGUGCUUCUACGAAAAUCCCAAAAAGACCAAACCCAAAGGACUUAUUGACAUGUCCUGUGCAUACUUGUACCAAGUUCAUGAAUCUCUAUGGGAACGUUCACUGUGCUUUCAAAUUGUCGAAAGGGCUCUCCCAUGCCUGGCCACUGUGUCAUUUCUCUGUGCCAACACACCCGAAAGCUACGUCGAGUGGAUCAAUGCCCUCAAGACCCAGUGUGUAUCCCAAUUGAGCAAAGCCCAGUCUAAAGUACCACGAUUGCGAGAACUGAGAUGCUUAAAUUUGCAAAUUCUCGAAGCUCAUCGUCUACCAUUCAAAUUAGUGCCACAUCCAUACUGCAGUAUAACCCUUAAUCAGCAAGUCAAAAUCGGAAAGACACGAGUUAAGGUGGCUCCUGAUCCAGUCUGGGAGGAGGAAUUCGUUUUAGAUGAUGUUCCACCAGAUGUAGCCACUGUAACAAUAACCGUUCUGAGUCGCGGGAAAAGAGGCAAAGAUUCGGAAAUGGCUGAGAUCACAGUGGACUUGAUGAGUCUGAAAAAUGGCCAAGAAACCGAAGAUUGGUACCAACUGACCGGGAUGACGCCAAUGGGCGAAUGGGGUUCCCUGAGACUCAGAAUGCGCUACCUGGAUGACUUGAUAAUGCCAUGCGAAGAGUACAGUCCCCUGCAGCAAUUGCUGCUGGAGCCAGAACUGAUUUCUGUUAAAGCUCUCGCAGAGCUCUGCCACAACGAUCGUGUGCCCCUGGCCACAUCCCUCCUGCGUGUCUUCCGGCACGAGAAGCGCGAGACUGAAUUGAUAAAGGUGUUGUGCCAGGCUGAAAUAGCCCGUGAAAAUGAAACCACAACCCUAUUCCGUGGUGCUUCCCUAGCCACAACACUCAUGGACUUGUACAUGCGAGCUGAGUGCUUUGGAUUCUUGCAGGCAGCAGUCUCUGACAUUGUCAUGAAGAUUCUAGACAGCAAGCAAUCUGCUGAAUUGAAUCCAACGAAAAUGGACGUCAAUGACGAUGCCUGCAGCAAUGCAGAAUUUCUUCUGCAGAUUCUCGAUCAAGUGACUCAGUCGAUAUUUACAUCCCCAGAAGCCUGCCCCAGGAGUGUUCGAUACAUCUGCAAUUGCCUACAGAAAGCAGUUGUAGCUAAAUGGCCAUCUGAGAGAUUGGUUAGAACUCGCGUAGUUUCCGGAUUUAUCUUUCUACGUUUACUCUGCCCAGCCCUUCUGAAUCCCCGUCAGUUUGGCCUUGUAAAUGAAACACCACCCCAAACAGCCACACGGUCCCUGGUCAUGAUUGCCAAAUGUCUACAAAAUCUCGCCAAUCUCAUUGAAUUCGGAGGCAAGGAACCCUACAUGGAGGUCGUCAAUCCUUUCAUUCUCAAGAACAAAGAACGAAUGAUUGUGUUCUUGGAUCAACUAUCUUCGAUAGCAGACCCAAAUCCCCUUCCUGGAUGCAUUCCUGAGCAGAGCUACUCAAGCCACAUGUAUUCCGAUUCAGGUCGUGAACUAGCUACAUUGCAUCACAUUUGUGUGUCUCACCUUCAAGAUCUUCAAAUAUUGUCCAAAUCGAACAAUUCAAUCAAGAAAUUAGUUACAGUAACGGACAUGCUAACGAAACACAAAUUGAAGUAUCGAGAAAUGAUCAGCUAAUUGACUCAAAAUUAGCAUUUUAUAGAUCAUAAUGAUUUUUUCUCAGGAAAUAUCCAGUUUUAAAUGUUUCGACACGAGAAAUAAAUUUCAAAUGAUCAAGCGACGACAAAAUACAAAAUGUAAAGUAAAUAUUAAUCUCUAAAAAAAAAAACAAAAAAAUUAUUAAUGAACAAACAAAAACACAUUUAUUCGUAACUCUAUAUAGAUUUUUAAAUUAUAUGAUAUUCAUUAUUAGUAACACAUCUGCAGUGGUAAGUAUAAAGAUCUUUUUUUUUAAAUAUGUUUAAUCGAAUUAUAUCUAUAAAACAUAAAGUAUAGGAAAAAAAGAAAGACUGCAAAAGUCAUAAACAUUUAAUAAAAUAACAUUUUAAAAUAUAAGUUAGAAGUUAGGAGAUGUUUGUACUCUAGAAUUCUAGCCAAAGUUAAUCCUUUCUCCAAGCACUAACUUUCAUAAACAAACAACCUAAAAGUCAAUAAUGUAGAAAUGCUUAAAAAAUAGCAUUAAAUUAAAAAAAAAAUAGAGCAGAAUUUUUGAGCAGGACACUGAAACUUGUUUCAGAUAAAAAUACAGUGCUGUAACAACAUAAACAUUAAAGAAAAAAUAGAGAGUAGGGAGUUUAAAAAAUACAAAAAAAUAAAUGUUUUAGGUUACAUUUUAUAUACCAAAGUUUCUAUUCCUAUUAAUUGGCCUAGUAUUUCGGGAUUUUCUUUUAGCAGAUUUUUAUUUAUUAAACCAAAUUGCUAAUACUUCUAUCUGGAUUAGCUUUUUCCAUAAAAACGGUACAAAUCUGCAUUAAAAAAAAGAUAUUCGGGAAAAAAAUUGAAGAAACAAAAAAAAAGACUCAUGAUAUUUUCAUAUUCAAGCAUGGAAUUACGAUCAGAAGCAUUUUAAAACCAUGUAUAAUACCCAUUAAAUAGUGUCAAUUAGGAUCCAUAUAUAAAUAACAUAGAGUUUAGAACAUAAAACAAAAAAAAACCUAUCUUGUGAAAAAAAAACAUUGAAUUUGAUACUUUCUCUUUUUUUUAUCUAACAUCUCUAUGGUAAAAAUAACCCUAAAAUACAUUUUAGAUGGCAUAUUCAAACCCUUUCACCACAAAAAAAAAAUUAAUGUGUACGAAGGGUCAUUCCUACACUAGAAAACUAGAAAAUAAAGAAAAAAAAGUUUGAAAAGCAUAAAUGCCAAGUUUGUGGGAUCCAAGCUUGAAAAAAAAGAUCUAUAUGAAUUUUUCGCUUUUGAAAGUGUACUUUAGAAUUUCACAAAAAUUAUAUAACUUUAUACUUGAAGUGUACUAAAAAAAAACGUAAUUGUUCUUUAGGAGUUUACAGCCAGUUCUGAAUUCUGCAAUAAAGGACAUUUAAAGAUUU